CCCGAGCGGGACAGUCACUCACUCUCCGGGCCGCGGGGCCGGGCACCGACAGCGCCGCGCCCCCGAUCCCGCCUCGCGCGCCCUUGGAAGCGCAGGCUCCCGGCGCUGCGCUGGGGGGCUCCCCAGCACCCCGACCUCAAGUCCCCAGCUUGUUGCACCUCCGGGCCCCCCUUAUCCUCGAGAGACACCGGGAGUUGUCGAAGGGGGGCCUCGGGAAAUUCCCCGGACCCCUGUGCCAGGAGGUGCCCAGCUCGCCCGCUCUUCACCCUCCCCCCACCCCCACCCCCCCGAGGGCGGUGCCCGGGGGCGCUGCCCCAUGGAGCGGGGAGGCGGGCGCCGUCUACUCCGGGAGCCCUGACCCGAGUCGGAGCCGUGUGUCGCAGCCGCCCCGACCCCCGUCGAUCAUGCGCCGCCGCCCCUGGCUCGCCAGUCCCACCGGGCUGUGAGCCCCCCACUUCCAGCCCGUCACGGCCCGCGCGCCAUGGGCAGCGCCCACCCUCGCCCCUGGCUGCGGCUCCGACCCCGGCCCCAGCCGCGGCCCGAGCUCUGGGCGCUCCUGUUCUUCCUACUGCUGCUGGCUGCUGCCGUGCCCAGGUCAGCACCCAACGACAUCCUGGGCCUCCGCCUGCCCCCGGAGCCCGUGCUCAACGCCAACACAGUGUGCCUGACAUUGCCAGGCCUGAGCCGGCGGCAAAUGGAGGUGUGUGUGCGUCACCCUGACGUGGCCGCCUCAGCCAUCCAGGGCAUCCAGAUCGCCAUCCACGAGUGCCAACAUCAGUUCCGGGACCAGCGCUGGAACUGCUCUAGUCUUGAGACUCGCAAUAAGAUCCCCUACGAGAGUCCCAUCUUCAGCAGAGGUUUCCGAGAGAGCGCUUUCGCCUACGCCAUCGCGGCAGCCGGCGUGGUGCACGCGGUGUCCAAUGCGUGCGCCCUGGGCAAACUGCAGGCCUGCGGGUGCGAUGCCUCCAGGCGCGGAGAUGAGGAGGCCUUCCGUCGGAAGCUGCACCGCCUGCAACUGGACGCGCUGCAGCGCGGUAAAGGCCUGAGCCACGGGGUCCCAGAACACCCAGCCCUGCCCCCAGCCAGCCCCGGCCUGCAGGACUCCUGGGAGUGGGGCGGCUGCAGCCCCGACGUGGGCUUCGGGGAGCGCUUCUCUAAAGACUUUCUAGACUCCCGGGAGCCUCACAGAGACAUCCAUGCGCGCAUGAGGCUGCACAACAACCGAGUUGGGAGGCAGGCGGUGAUGGAGAACAUGCGGCGGAAGUGCAAAUGCCACGGCACGUCAGGGAGCUGCCAGCUCAAGACGUGCUGGCAGGUGACGCCCGAGUUCCGCGCCGUGGGGGCGCUGCUGCGCAGCCGCUUCCAGCGCGCCACGCUCAUCCGGCCGCACAACCGCAACGGCGGCCAGCUGGAAACCGGCCCCGCGGGGGCACCCUCGCCCGCCCCGGGCGCUCCCGGGCCGCGCCGCCGGGCCAGCCCCGCGGACCUGGUCUACUUCGAGAAGUCGCCCGACUUCUGUGAGCGCGAGCCGCGCCUGGACUCGGCAGGCACCGUAGGCCGCCUAUGCAACAAGAGCAGCUCGGGCCCGGAUGGCUGCGGCAGCAUGUGCUGCGGCCGCGGCCACAACAUCCUGCGCCAGACGCGCAGCGAGCGCUGCCACUGCCGCUUCCACUGGUGCUGCUUCGUGGUCUGCGAGGAGUGCCGCAUCACCGAGUGGGUCAGCGUCUGCAAGUGAGCGGCUCGGGGUCCCCUGGGCCCUGAGCAAGGUUCCCCUCCUUGAGCCUGGCCUUCUGCGGCUGGAAAUCUUGGCCAGGAAGCAUCCCCUUGGCUCCUGGGAGAGGAGGUUGGACCACAGGAUCUUAUAGGACCCUCCUGGCUCUGAGGGUCUGCAAUCACAGAACAGUCCAGGCCUUUCUGAACCCCACCCCUCACCUCUGUGGGCUCUAGGACUUAUUGGCCUCUCCCAUCCCUGCCCCAAGCGCACUCAGUUGGGCUGGGGAUUGCCCCACACCCUGGGACAAGUGUCAGCCAGGCAGCCCCUUAGCUUGUUUCUUUCAUCCUUUCCUCCUUCCCCUGGAGUGGAGAGGAGAAUGAAUGGAAGCUGAUGGGCAGGGAGAAGAGGAUUAAAGGAAGAAUGGACAUAACUGAGCUGAAGUGAUUCUAUAAAGGCCCUGGACAUCCUCCCACUGGCCUCUACCCUUAUCAUGUCCCCCAUCAUUCAUUUAACAAAUAUUUAUUUUGCACUCUUUGUGGCACUCUGGGGGGAUAAGAGGCACUGGAGAUACAGAUGUGCAUAAGAGAGACACAACACUUGUCCUCUUGGAGAUUACAGUCUUGCUGUGGGGGGAUGGACAAUAAACAAGUAAAUGCACAAACAA